ACUAGUUCCUGAGUUGCAGAUCCUCAUCAUGUCGGAGACUGCUCCUGCCGCCCCCGCUGCCGCUCCCCCUGCGGAGAAGGCGCCUGCUAAGAAGAAGGCUGCCAAGAAACCCGCAGGGGCUCGCCGCAAGGCGACCGGGCCCCCGGUGUCCGAGCUCAUCACCAAGGCUGUGGCCGCCUCCAAGGAGCGCAGCGGCGUGUCCCUGGCCGCGCUCAAGAAGGCGCUGGCGGCCGCCGGCUACGAUGUGGAGAAGAACAACAGCCGCAUCAAGCUGGGGCUCAAGAGCCUGGUGAGCAAGGGCACCCUGGUGCAGACCAAGGGCACCGGCGCCUCCGGCUCCUUCAAGCUCAACAAGAAGGCGGCUUCCGGCGAGGCCAAGCCUAAAGCCAAGAAGGCAGGCGCGGCCAAGGCUAAGAAGCCCGCUGGAGCAAAGAAGCCCAAGAAGGCGACUGGUGCUGCCACACCCAAGAAAGCCGCCAAGAAAACCCCGAAAAAGGCUAAGAAGCCCGCGGCGGCUGCCGUCACCAAGAAAGUGGCUAAGAGUCCAAAGAAGGCUAAGGUUGCCAAGCCCAAGAAAGCCAAGACCGCUUCCAAGGCCGUGAAACCGAAGGCUGCCAAGCCCAAGGUUGCUAAGCCCAAGAAGGUUGCAGCCAAGAAGAAGUAGGCUGUCUCCCUUAAACCCAAAAGGCUCUUUUCAGAGCCACCACUUCCACUUAAAAGAGCUGUGACAAUUGCUCUCUGCAGUGGCAGUUUUCCUGGGAUGCAGUUCAGUCAGCGCUCUGCGGGGUGGGGUUCCCUAUCACACUGGGUUGUGCUUGAGCUGGGCGGCCGAGGAGCUGCUAAGUGCUGUUACACCCUUCCACCGCUGUCAACAGCCAAGAGUAACCCUAGGUGCUAGUUAGUGCUGGACUUGCUAAGUGGUUUGAAUGUUCCGCCCUGCUUGCGGGUUGGCUCACUCCCGCCCCACACCUCAGACCUCAAUUUGAUUGGGCUCCAGUCGGUGUUGCCUUCUCCCGAAGCUUUCAUUUAUUACGUAGAGAAACGCAUCUUUCCUACCGUGUUGCGAAGCUUGGGAGGAAGUCGGGUGCUAGCGCCGACGAGUUGACUUCCUUAACUUAGAGACAUUUAGCUGAUUUUGAGGGAAGGAGCCACCCGCCCCGUUGUGUCGGACCUGGGACUGGUAUUUCUCGUACUUUCGGUUCGGAAUGUUCGGUCAAACUGCGUCACAACUUUGGUCAGCCAUUUUGUGAGCGCGUGUGCGUGAGUGCGUACGUGUGUGUGUGUGUGUGUGUGUGUGUGUGUGUGUGUGUGUGUGUGUGUGUGUGGCCUUAUUUUCACACAGGCUCUGAUUUUAGAUAGUCCUAGGGCUGAUAUUGCUUCAGCUUCCUGAAGUACAUAAGUUCUAACGAUCGGCCUUGCAUAAAUACUGAGGUUUCUUGCUAUGCUUUGUGCAGUCCAAAAUACUUAAGCAAUGAGUAAAUUACUAUCUGUUGAAAACGCGUUGGUUGCUUCAAAUAAAAGUCUUUAAUUUUCA